AUGAAAUCUAUAACAAGAAUUGAAAAUGCUCGUCAUCAAAUAAAAUUAUGUCAGAAAGAAAAUUUUUAUCAUUUAUUAAAAGAUCGUGAACUUGAUCCAUGGACACAAACACGUCUUGAUUCAAUUAAAAAUAAAUAUGAUCAAGUUAAACAUAAUUUAAAUGUUUUAUUACAAUUAACACAUAAAACAAUACAUAAUAAAUCAUUAUCUAGAAACGAUAAUGAUAUUGAAAAUGAAGAUUUUCUACCUGAUUUAGAACUAUUAAAUACAUCUCAAACAAUGAAACAACGAAUUCAAAAACGUCUACGUGAACUUAGUCAUAAAGUAUCUGACAUAGAAAAAGAUUUACAAAUUAUUUAUACAAAAUUCAAUAAAGAUUUAUUAAGUAGUAAACAAAAUGAUUCAAAUUUAACAAAGACGACAAUGUCGUCUCAGAAAUUAUUUCAUCCUCCAGAACAAUUACGUGAAUUAUCAAAUACAAUUUCAACAAGUCCAUUAUCAUCAUCAUCAUCAUCAAUACAAAAAUCUAAUACAAUAUCAAUUAAUAAAACUCCAACUAUACCUAAAACAACAACCACAACAACAACAACAACUCAUUCAAAAUCACCAACUGUUACAAAACCCUUAAAUACAACAAUACCAUCAACAAAUAUUGUACAAAUACCAGCUAAAACUGUUCCUUCACCUAUACCAAAUAUUUCUAUUAUACCAGCAACACCAACAAUAUCAUCAGAUAUAUCAUCAAAAAUUCAAUCAAAUAAACCAUUUAUUCAAACAUCUACUGAUCUAUCAAAAAUAUCAGGUGAUAGUGUUAUACGAUCAUUACUUAAUAAUAAUAAUACAGUAUCAACUUCAACAACUUCAACAUCAAAUUUAAAUCAACCACAAAUUAAUUCUACAACAAAUCAAAUUAUUAAAUCAAAUAUUCCUAAUACAUUAACUUCACAAGUAACAAAUCAAGCUCCAACAACAACAACAUCUGUUCAAUCAAUAUCUCCAACAACUAAACCAAUUAUAUCGACUAGUCUAAGUUCAUUCGGAUCAAAACCAAUACUUGGUAGUAAUGCACUUAAUUUAAUAUCUACUACAUCAUUGACUACUCCAUUUGGUAUUACUACAGUAACAACAACAAAUAACGGAUUAUUAUUUGGUAAUGUUUCUAUUACAACUACAUCUGCUCCUAGUUCAUUGAUUACAACAACAGCAACAUCCGCAACUCCUACUCCAUUUGGUACCGGAUUUGGUACUCCUACUACAACAACAACAUCAGCUUCUACUCCAUUCGGUACUCCUACUACAACAACAACUGCGACAACAUCACCUUCUAUUCCAUUUGGUACCGGAUUCGUUUCUGCUCCAUUUGGUACUGGAUUCGGUACACCUACGACUUCAGCUCCAGCAACAUCAGCAUCCAGUACUGGUCUAUUUACUACUGCAACAACUUCAACUUCUACUCCACUUGGUAUUAGCGUGGGCUUUCCUACUACUACAACUGCAACAACAUCAGCAUCGGGCACUGGUCUAUUUGGUGCUCCAGCAACAUUAACAUCAACUCCUAAUCUAUUUGGCAGCGGCUUCAAUACUUCUACUACAACAACAUCAGCACCUAGUACUAGUCUAUUUGGUAGUGCAUCAACAACAUCUCCAUUUGGUAGUGGAUUUGGUGCUAGUUCGACAGCAUCUCCAGGUACAACAUUUGGUGGUUUUAGUUCUACUUCAACAGCAUCAACAUCGGGUACGAGUGUAUUUGGUAGUAGUGGUUUUCCAUUUACUUCAACUGCUAAAUCAACAGCUGGUACUUCAUUAUUUGGUAGUAGCAGCAGUAGUAGUACACCUGCAUUUGGUAGUAGUUUUUCUGGUUUUGGCACACAAGCAAAUUUGUCUGGAUCAUCGACUGGUUUUUCAUUUGGUGGAUUUGGUGGUGCUCAACCUGCAGAAACAACAACACCGACAACAACACAAUCAGAUUUUGGUUCUUUUGGAUCACCACCUCCUACAUCAUCACCAUUUGGUGGUUCAAUGUUUGGAGGAACAUCUGGACAAACAACUGGUUUUGGUACAGCAACGUCAUCAUUUGGAGCUACAUCAACACAAUCAGCAACUUCAUCUUCAUUUACAACUUAUCGUAAAUAA